GGAACAGGCAGAAUGGCCGCCGCGGCUCCCGCUCUCGGCGCCUCGCAGUGCCGGAGCCCCCGCUGCACGGCGGAGCGGAGGGGAGUCCGCCGCGAACUCGACUCCUGGCGGCACCGGCUCACGCACUGUGUUUUGAAAGUAUUUUAGAAGGGCUUUAUGGACCAAGGCUACGAAGAGACCUCAGUUUAUUUGAAGGUAAACAAUUAUUUGAAAUAUUAUUUAAAUUAUAGGACACCUUAAAAGUACUCUUUUGAACACUAAGGGAUUUUGCUGAUGCAUUUUAUUAUAAAUACUAGUUUGGGUAACGAGCAAUGCCCGGGCUAUUUGAAAAAGGAAUUGUUUGGUUUUGGAUGUUAGCUAAUAUCAGUUUAGUAAUUUGCAAUGCUGUUUAUUAGGAAAAUGUCUGUCUUUGCUUUUGUUUUUAUUAAUGCUCUCAUAGGAAAAUGCAUAAGGGUGUGGGUGAACUACAAUUCCCAAAAUCAUGUGUCAAUCCUCCCCAAAUCCCCCUGUAUUCACACUUGGCCAUGUUGAGUCUGUAUGCCAAGUUUGGUCCAGAUCCAUUGUCAUCUGGGUUCAGUGCUCUCUGGAUGCAGGCGAACUACAACUCCCACAAUUCAAGGUCAAUCACUGCCAAAUCUCUGCCAGUAUUCAAAGUUGGCCAUGUUGAGUUUGUUUGCCAAUUUUAGUCCAGAUCUGUCAUCAUCUGGGUUCAGUGCUCUCUGGAUGCGGGUGAUCUACAACUUCCAGAAUCUAAGGUCAGUUGCCCCCAAACCCCCUGCCAGUUGGCCAUGUUGAGUCUGUUUGCCAAGUUUGGUCCAGAUCUGUCAUCGGCUGGAUUCAGAGUUCUCUGGAUGCGGAUGAACUGCAAUUACAAAAAUGCAAGGUCAAUUUCCCCCUCCCCCAACCCUUCCAGUAUGUUCAGUUGCUCAAGGGGGUUUUCUGUGCCAAAGUUGAUCCCGGCCCAUUGUUGGUGUAGGUCACAAUUUCUCUGGAUGUGGGUGAACUUCAUCUCCCAGAAAUCAAGGUCAUUUCCCUCCCGCCAAACCCCUCAAGUAUGUUCAUAGGUCAUGGGGGUUCUCUGUGCCCAGUGUGGUCCAUAUCUGUAAUCAGUGGGAGUCUCAUUGGUCUCUGGAGGCAGGUGAAAGUACUGCAAGUCCUAUCAUCCAUGGUCCAUCCUCCCCCAAACCACACCAGGACGUAAAGUGGGUCAUGUGUGGAUCUGUGACUUAAGUUUGGUCUAGGUCUGUCAUUUUUGGGGGUCACAGUGAUCUUUGGAGGCAGGUGAAGGUACUGAAAAUCCCAUUGUCCAUGGUUCAUCUUCUCCCAAAUCCCAUCAGGAUGUAAAGUGUGCCAUGGGGGAGGGGCUGUGUCUCAAGUUUGGUCCACGUCCGUCAUUGGUGCGGGUUGCAGUGGUCUGUGGAAGCAGGAGAAGGUUCUGCAAAUCCCAUCGUCCAUGGUUCAUCCUCCCCCAAACCACACCAGGACAUAAAAUGGAUCAUGGAGAGUCUGUGUGCCAAGUUUAGUCCAGGUCCAUUGUUUGUGGGGGUCAUGUUUUGUGGAAGUCGAAGCCCAAUUCAGAAAAAUACACAGCCUGCUGCCCGGCCAGAUACAUACAUACAUACUCACAAACACUGACUUUUAUUAUAUAGACGAUAUAUAGAUUGUCUGUUACUGUUUCCCAUGGCAGAAACUUUUGUUUUUAUUUGCAAGUCUCCAGAGUAUAGCUGGCAAUUAAAAGAAAAUAUUUCAGCUAUUAGAGAUGGGAAAAAAUCAUGUGCAAAUUGUUCAAAAUGAUAUAUUCAAUUAACAGAUUUCAAGAAAUGAAAAGUAAAAUUCCUUUUGAGGUAUUGGCUUGGUUGAUAAAGAACACUACCUGAUCAAAGGAAUCAAGUAGCAGAUCAUCUUCAGAGUUGUGUGUGGAAACAAAUAUUAUUAUAGUUAAAGCACACAAAAGAGGGAAAAACCUGUUAGUACAGUAUAUGAAAAUUCAAGGGGAUAGCGUCCUUCUGCUUGACAAUUUUCAGGGAUGUUGUACUGCCGCCAUUGCACCCCUGUGUUACAAGAGAGUUGAAUUACUGUAGUAACUACAUUUGUAGAUGUCUGCAAUUGGCAUGUUAAUUGUAGAGUAUAUAUUUCAAUUGCAUAGGUAAUGUCCUUCCUUCUGAAAGUAGGAGAAUGUCUAUCAUAGUGUAGUGGUGAGAUCUAAAAAGGUUCACCCUAGUCUGAAAGUAAGACAUCUAAAAAUGUCCAUGGUGAUAAUUUCACAGUGUAGAUUCCAGUAGACAAUGCUCUUGUGUAUGACAUUUUUGCUGUUUUGUCUUUUAGUCUGGGGGUAAAUUAUUAGCAUUAUUUGAUAAACAAAUCUAGAUUAAUGUUUAGCUGGUCGUAUCUCAACAGAUGGAAACUAAGUGGUAGACUUCUAAUAACUAUGUAAUUUAAUACAUAAUUACAAUUUGGACAAUUCAUCCAGGGCUAGCAUUUACAUACAGAAAACUGCAACAGUACUGCCAGGAAAAUACAAAGUCAUGAGUGCUUUGUAUGGCCCGUCAUUCUUAUGUUAUUGAGAUAAUAUUUUUGUCUGUAUACAUGUCAUUCUGUUUGAAACUUCCAGGUACUACAGGAAAAAAAACAGUGUAGAGAAUACUUUUUAAAUGUAAAAAAAAAAUCUUCUAAGAAGAGAAAAUUGUGGGAGGAGCCAUAUCAUAAUAUGUUUAGACUUUGGGCCUCAUCACACUUGAGAUGAAGGAAGUCACAGCAGAAUUCUGGGGUUUGUACAUUAGGGAGGAACCUUUAAACUGCUCAUCCAGAGAAGCUCUGGCCUCCCUAGACUACAAGCCCCAAAAUUCAGCAGGAAGCAGUCACAGCAUUUAAAGUGGAUUAAAGUGGGAAAAUGCUCAAGUGUGAUGAGGCCUCCAAUCAGUGCAUGCACAUGUUAUCAUUGAUCUUUUUAAUCUCAAGUGCAUUCUUUGAUAAAAAUUCAGAUGCUUGACUUUGGAAAGGAGCAAGUUGUUACACUGUUUUCUGCACCUUUACACUAGUGAUUAUGCUCAAUCUUCCAAAUAUUAUACCUGUCAUCGCUGUGUGGAGAUGCCUGGCAUUAAACCUGGGACUUUCCUUACGAAAAGCAUAGGCUGAUCUAUUUAGUCACAGCUUAUCUUUUUAGAUGCAACUAUGCCCAAGUCCUGUUGCCUUCUUGAUCUCAAGAAAUAUUUAAGUUAGAAAUGACUUGAGUUGAUGUUGAACUUUAUUGGUUACAGUUCUGUAGCUUGGUGAAAAAAUUGUAGCAACCAGUAGAAUUGAGAACUGACUAAGCAAUGUAAAAGGGAGAAAAGUUAAAAUUGCUGUUAGCACAUUUAUAUUUCACUAUUCAAAUAUGCCUAUACUGGAAGAAUGCAGUAGUAGGUUGGAUCUAGAAUGAUUUAAGUCAGGGGUUCUCAAACUUUUUCAGCCACGGAGCCCUUUUUGGAAACAAAUGUUUCUUGAGGAGCCCCAAGAAAUGUUUAUAUAUUUUAUUAUAUAUGAAUCUGUAUAUAUAAAAGGGUAAUGAAAUUUCAGCCUAGGACAAAACAACAAAACUAAACACCCCACAACCUCGAAAAUUGACAGCAUAACCCCUCAUCCGCGUCUCUAUGUUCAAACAACAAAAGAAAAGAAAAAUAAAGUCCUAAUUAGAGGGAGAGGAAUAAUUGUUUUUAUCCAAUUGCUGCCAGUUAGAAGGCUUCGCUCCACCCUCUUGGUCUCCUAGCAACCCACUCAGCCAAGGGGACAGGCAGAGUUAGGCCUCACUUAGGCCUCUUCCACACUACCUAUGAAAUACAUAUUAUUCAGACUCAUGGCCCUUCCACACAGCUAUAUAACCCAUUUAUAAUCUUAUAUUAUCUGCUUUGAACUGGAUUAUCUUGACUCCACACUGACAUAUAAUCUAUUUCAGUGUGCAUUUUAUCCAGCUGUGUAGAAGGGGCCUCAUAUAAUCCAGUUCUAAGCAGAUAAUAUAAGAUUAUAAAUAUACAGUAGAGUCUCACUUAUCCAACAUAAACAGGCCAGCAGAACGUUGGAUAAGUGAAUAUGCUGGAUAAUAAGAAGUGAUUGAAGAAAAGUCGAUUAAACAUCAAAUUAGGUAAUCAUUAUACAAAUUAAGCACCAAAACAUAUACAACAAAUUUGACAGAAAAAGUAGUUCCAUGCGCAGUAAUUCUAUGUAGUAAUUACUGUAUUUACAAAUUUACCACCAAAAUAUCACCAUGAAUUUCAAACACUGAUUACAAAAACAUUGACUACCAAAAGGCAGACUGCGUUGGAUAAUCCAGAACAUUGGAUAAGCGAAUGUUGGAUAAGUGAGAUUCUACUAUAAUAUGAAAUAAUUAGUGUGGUAGAAUAAUACAGAACAAUAUAAUCUCUAAAACCAGGACAGUAAAUAAAGAGCAACACUCUGUAAGCAGGGAAAUUGGGAAUUCCACAAAGGAAACAAUCAGGGCCAGCUAACACCUCCCAAGAAAGGAUUCUUCCAGAAAGGAAGCUGAGAAGGGAGUGAAGCAGUGUGUAUUACCAAAGUCAUCAUUAUUACUAUAAUCAUCAUCAUCAUUAUUAUUAUUAUUAUUAUUAUUAUUAUUAUUAUUAUUAUUAUUAUUGUGUUGCUGUGAACCAUGAAAAUGAAUACAAUCUGGCUCCAAGUAUUCAAAAACACUAAAAUCAGAAUAUAUAAAAAUUACUAUGGUAUAAUAAAACAGAACAAUACCAUCUCUAAAAUCAGAACAAUAAAUAAAGAACAACACUCUAAAAACAGGGGAAUUCCACACAGGAAACGAUCAGGGCCAGCUAACACCUCCCAGCAAAGUAUUCCCAUCACCAAAGUCUGGCAAAUCCUCUGUUUUCUGAGGGCCACAGACAGUAGAAGCACAUAAAAUAUUGCAAAGGACACUACUCUGAAAAGGGAAUUUCCGACAGGAAACAAUCACGGCCAGCUAACACCUCCCAACAAAAACUUCCCUCAGGGAGGAAGGAGCCAGGCUUUAAAGCUCCAAGGCCAUUGCAUGCUAAUCAUUUCCCCUAAUUGCAGCAUUCAUACUUGCCUCCAACAGACAAAAAAAACACACAAUCAGAAAUAUUGUAUAUUCACAAGCUUUAGGAAAUAAUAUCCCCUGAUGGUGCAGUGUGUUAAAGCGCUGAGCUGCUGAACUUCUGGACCGAAAGGUCGUAGGUUUGAUUUGGGGGAGCAGAGGGAGCCCCCACUGUUAGCUCCAGCUUCUGCCAACCCUAAAGUUCAAAAACAUGCAAAUGAGACUACAUGAAUAGGUACUGCUCCGGAGGGAAGGUAACGGUGCUCCACGCAGUCAUGCCACAUGACAACGGACAAUGCCAGCUCUUCGGCUUACAAAUGGAGAUGAGCUCCAACCCCCAGAGUCAGACACGACUGGACUUAAUGUCAGGGGAAAACCUUUACCCUUUACCUUAACUACCAACAAUUCCUCAAUACUUUAUUUCCCAUACCACCAUACUUCGCCACAGCAACGCGUGGCCAGGCACAGUUAGUGUAAUAUAUAAUGUGAGGCGCCGCGUUAGCGCAAUGGGUUAAACCGCUAAGCUGCAGAACUUUCUGAUCGAAAGGUCGGUGGUUCGAAUCGCAGGGUGGAGUGAGUUCCUGCUGUUAGCCCCAGCUUUUGCCAACCUAGCAGUUUGAAAACAUGCAAAUGUGAGUAGGUACCGCUUUGGCUAGAAGGUAAUGGCGCUCUUUGGCUUAGAAAUGGAGAUGAGCACUGCCCCCCUUGCAAGACAAGGUGGAAAGAAUCUGGUGGCAAGGGAGGGGAGGAAAAAAGGCUUUUGGGGAUGAGGGAAGGAAGGAAAAAAGACAGAGAGAGGAAGGUAGGAGAGGGGGAGGAGCAGAAAAGAAGGAAAGCUUGAAGGGAAGGAGGGAAGCACAAAGUCCUCAGUAUGGUUCGUGGAGCCCCAAGGGUUCUGCGGAGCACACUUUGAGAACCACUGAUUUAAGUUAUACAUACUCAGUAAAUUUAGUGGAGUCUGAGUCAAUCAUGACUAACUAAUGUGAUUUGGAUCCAGUACAAUUUAUUGGUGGGAAAACUAUUAUAGAUUGGAAAUACAUUACAAUUUAUAGAUGUCUUCCUGAUAAUGAGAGUUCAAAUGAAAAAUAAUCAUUAAAGUAUGGUAGCAAGUCUCACAGUUAAUAAGCUAAUUCUUGCACUUUGCAUUUACUUCUCCCCCCACCCCACCCCAGACUGUGAACCAGAAGAUGUGACUGACUGGUCUAUGGAUGAAACAUGUUCCUUUUGUAAUUUACAUAAAGAAACAGUCAGUGAUCAUACAACAGUUAUUGGUUCUUUGCAGUCAACACCUACAGAGGAAUUAUCAUCUCAGGGCCAGUCCAACACUGAUAAAAUUGAGUGCCAAGCAGAGAAUUACCUAAAUGCACUCUUUCGCAAGAAAGAUCUUCCUCAGAACUGUGAUCCUAACAUUCCCCUAGUCGCUCAGGAAUUAAUGAAAAAGAUGAUCCGUCAAUUUGCAAUUGAAUACAUUUCAAAAAGCAGUAAAAUGCAAGAAAAUAGAAACGGUUCAUCAUAUGAUAUGAGUCUGAUACGCAAAGAUACUCAAAUGAACCAAACAGAAAAUUCACUUCAGGAAGAACAGGAUAGCCCUCUAGACCUCACUGUGAAUCGAACUCAAAAACCGGAUACUCAGCAAGGGGAUGAAGUGCUAGAUCUCUCUACAAAGAAAGCAAGCUUGGAACAGUCAGCAUAUGAUGGAUCAUGUUCAGAAAAUUCAGUGUUUGGUUCAAGUACAGCAGCUGGUGCAAAAUCAGAGGAAACAACUCAAUUGGAAAGAGGAAACUCUGCUCUAAGCAAGGUUUUGGCAACAUUAUGCUCAUACCAUUGGCAUCAGAUUUUAGCAAUGUUGAAUUUUUUAAUCCAGGACCCAUGUAUUCAUUCAGUUUGCAAUUGCCAGUUUCCGGGAACUGUAUUUUAUGAAACAGCUGAAGAUCAUAUACACAUUCCAGUCUGCAGUUUUGAAGGCAACAUGCUAAUCAAAAGGUGCUGUUUACAGAAUCAAAGACCAAAUAUUUGUUCACCAUCUCUGUCAGUCUGUAUGACUGAUACAGAUGGCUUAUCAGGCCAAUCUGUGGCUGUUGGACACUUUAACACUGUGGUGAGCAAAGGGAAUCCUGUGCCUUGCAGUCCUAAUGGAUGCUGUCCUAAACAGUUACAACAGUGUAAACUCCACUCUGCUAAACCUACGCUGUAUAUGCAUCACUGUUCAACAGGGCAAGAGACUAAUAAUGCUAGCAGAGCCCGCAGCCCCUCACCACCAUCUUUAUCACCUGUAGAAACUGAUGAAUGUGACUCUUUGGAAAAAUCAGUUGAAGAUUCUCCUUCCUUAGAUAAGAGACUUGAAAGGAAUAGUAAGCAGCCUCCAUCCCUCUUACCAGCUGAAACAAAUUUUUCUGCAUGUGAACAGAAAGAUGAUAUAUUCAUCAUAGAAGCGGUUGGUAAUUUGGGUGAAACCCUUCUAAGCGCAAAUCAAGAAAACAGCCUUAUAAAUUCUGAUAAGCUUGAACAAGUUGAAAAUGCCCCUUUUCAAGACUUAAUGGACAGAAUCAAUGAGAAAUUGAAAUCAAUCGAAACUCCUAAUGCCACAAAUGUGGCAAGAUUGUCCAAGAACGAUGGGAGAACAGAAGCUGAUAUUAAGUUACGGAGUUUCAUAACAUCUCUCUUACAUGAUGCUAAGCCAAAUGAUUACAGUUUUAUGGAGUUAUUGAAACAACAUGACAAAGAUGUUGAAAAUAAAAUUAUCCAAACAAGAUUUCGAAAACGGCAGGAAACCUUGUUUGCUAUGCAUAGUUCCCCUGAUUCUUCUCUAUUUAGACGGCAGUCUUUGCAAAUUAAAAGAGAGUUGGCUAAUCUGGAUGAAACCUUCAUAAGGAAAAAGGCAACUUCCGAUAGGAAUACAAAAAAGCUUGCAAAAAAUGACAGACUGUCACCAGACAAAAUUGCCAGUCAUAAUACAUUAAACAGCCUUGAUUUAGAAAAUCAAGAAAAUAAAGAGAAGCCAUUUUCUCCCAUCAAGUCACAGUUUCUGCCAGUGUGUCAACAAGAGUCACUGGAACAACCUCAGAAUAGCGCAGGAACCGAUUCUGAUUUUGUGUCAUUUUCAGAAAGUAAUUGUACAACAUCCCAAAUUCAUUUGACUGAAAUGCAGAGAAGUUGUGGGGUUGAUCCGCAUGUGGAUACUGUUCCUGUAAAUAGAGAUGAUGACAAGUUGCUAGAAAGGACCAAACAUACUGUUAUUCCUCCCAUGUGGUGCUCUGUGUAUGUAACAAACAAUAUUUUGUUUCAAAAAUCAUCACCAACAAAAUCCCAUUCUUACUACAUGGAAAAAGAUAAAACACAUACAGAUCUUCAGGCGAAAACAUGUUGCAAUGGAGAUUUAAACAACAUGGUGCGAAACACAAAUCUACAUGUUGUUGUAGAGCGUUUGGAAGAUACAUUACAUAUGGCCCAAAAGGUGAAACCCCAAUUUUUUAAUGGUUAUACAAUAUCCAACAAACUAAAAGAUAUUCACAAGUCUGAUGUCAACAAUAGUUCUAAAAGUGGCCUUUUUAUUAUGAGUGAAACUGGAAGUAAGGGACAAUAUUUCCUGUCGCAAGCUCAUGUGCCAUUUAGCAGUAGUAACAGAAAGUGUUUACCAACAAAAGAAGAAAUUUCUGAUGAAGAAUAUAAAGCCCUUUGGAAAUCAUCACAUUCACUUGAUUCAGAUGCAUUGGCUUCUAGUAAUGAGGAAUUGCAAGCAAGUUCUGAUGGUGGGAAUAAUUCACCUACAACACUAAAUUACACCAGUCCUAUAAAACUUAUGUUUCUUUCAGAAAUUAGCAGUAGUGAAGGAGUCAAAUAUACAUUAAAGUCUGUGAAUGAUUCUUCUAAAUUAAACAUUGAUCUUUAUUCUGUUCAUGAGAAUAAAACUGUACCAUCAGAGAAACAAUCAGAAACUGGGAAUCUUGAUAAAAAUGUUUCAGUUGAAGAACACGGAUUUAAUGAAAAUGAUAACAAAAAUGAAGUGAAUUCUGCUUUUCCUAAAACUAAUGAAACAAACAUUAGUGAACACAAGCCAAGUGAAGAAGCCAUGGAACAAAACAACACCGGAUCCUGCCUAAAAAGAAAACCUGGCAGACCCAAAAAAAUAGGUCCUCAAGUUGUAAAACAGUUUAAGCGACCAAUUGGUCGACCUCCAAAGCCUAAGGUAGCUGCUGCUGAAAAUAUCAACCGCAUGAGUGACUCCACUAGUGAUAGUAAAAAUGGAAGCUCUAAUACAGAGCUUUUGGAGGGGGAGAGCAUUAACAAAAAUAUUACUGUGACAGUUGUCUUUGGAAGAUCAAGAAGGACUAAGAGGUGUGUUUCAGAAGGCACUGUAAAUGUAGUCAGUGUGGUUCCAGAUCAUCAUCGUGAUUGUGAUGUUAUAUGUGAAUCUGCUCAAGUAAACAACUCAGAAACCAGGGACAGUUUGUUAAACAAGCAUAUGCCAAAUUCUACAUCUGGUUAUGUAUAUGUUAGGCCCCUUGAGAGCAGCCCAGUAGUAGCAUCCCAUUGCAGCAGUAUCAUAAGACCAAACCAGAAGCCUUUAAAUAUAAUUAGAAAACCUGGCAGACCAGCAAAAGUAAAAAUAUCUGGCAUAUCGGUGACUGUUAAUCAGAUUUCAUCUCAGGAAAGAAAAGUGAGUAUCAGCAGCUGCCUGCCUCCUUUAGAAAAAGAGACUGUUUUAGAAAAAAAUGAAUCUUUUAAGAAGGAUAAUAAGCAGUGCAAUAAGAGGUAUGCUUCUCGAAGUAUAUGGAAUGACACAGAUGUGGAUUUUUCAUGUAAGAAGAUUUUAGCUUCCAAAAAACCUGAAAUUCCUUUGAGGCAGUCACUUAGAGAUAGAAGACCCUCACUGUCUUUCUUACACUCUUUAACAACUUCUAGCCCGUUGUCUUGCAGACGUGCCUUUCCACACAAAUCGUAUAAAUUCUGUUUGAAAAACAGAAAUAAAAAAACCCAGCAUCACUCAAGUAUGGUGCCCAAACAUACCUCAGCAAAUAAGGAUCCAGACAAUGUGAAAAGGGGUUCAGAACAUAGUAAAUUCAGGUCCAUUCAUGAAAUGUCAUUGGAUCCCAUCAUUUCAUCCCAUUCUCUUAGGUGGUGGGACCCUUCCAUUUCUAGUGAUUCCUUGCUGAAAGAACUGAACAAUAGAUAUGACCAGAUAACAAAUACUUGGCUGGAUGUGAAUGGAGAAGAAUUUGGAAAAUGUCUGUAUGAUGAAGAAGAGUGUCAUAGUGAACAAGAUUGUAGCACUAAAGUAUCAAACCCUUUGGAUUCCUGUAUUUUGCAGCUUGAAUAUUCACCUAUAAAAAUGCUUUUCCAGAAAAAAUGCAAUAUAGAUGAAUUGUGCACAUGGUUUAUGCAGACAACAGAAACACAGUCACUGUCAUUGGUGAGAAAAGCAAAUGCUCGGAAUCCUUUGGAAGUAAUUAGUACAAGACAGUUUAAAAUGGGAACAAGACAAUAUGAUUGUAACCCUAGUCCUUUGAGAAAGCACUUUAAAAAAUUUGCACUAUCCUCACCUUCAAAAUCUGCAGGAGAUUUACAAAUAGUAAAGUCUCAAAUCUUAAACAGAAAACAUAAUUAUACACUAGCUAAAUUUAGAAAAACCAAAUUUGAGAAUAUUCAGCAUGAACGGUGGAGAAAAGUGAAAACAUUGUAUAAUCACAGAACAAGUGACUGGAAAUCUAAAAGGAGAAGCUUGCUCUUCUUCUGCCAAAGUCAGAGUUUUGCUAAUGCAAACAGGAAAAUUAGCACCCAGUUGUGCAUGAAGCACAGGAAUGGUAGUGUACAACCUAAACCACCCUCGAUUUUGCUAGAACCUCAUACAAUCACUUCAGCAACUGGAAAUGAAAUCGGAGAUGCCUUUUAUCAACAGAAACUGCAACUGACUGACCUCAGCACAAACUCUGGAUUAAGAAAUAAUUGCACAUCAAGCACACUAUUUGCAUAUUGCAGCCAACAAAAGAGUGAAAAUGUGCAGGCCCCUGGUGAAGAUGGUUGGAGACACAAAGCCUUUAAGAAUUGCAGAAUAUUUUUGAAGAAGAUCAAUCCUGUUGAAGAGCAGUGGUCACUUAAUACAACUCCUGUUUUUUGUACUCCUAAAUCUGUGAAUCAUUGCACCGGUCACAGCUAUUUUCAGGAGAAAUCUCACUGUACUCUGAGAUCCCAUUCUGCUAAGCAAAGCACAUCUGACAAUUGUGAAAAGAAUGCAGAAGCAUCUAAAGCUGCAGCGUAUUCCACCUUGGUUAAAGAGAUGCACGUUGAACGAGACCGCAAGAAAUCGAGCAAACGUGUCAGUGUUGAUGAUGGUGCUACCGAGGUUCCCAAAAAAAUGAGUAAGCAGAGGAAGACACAAUGCAAGCUCACUGACCUGGGUGUAAGAAAACGGAGUACGAGGCAGUUAUGCAGUGCUGGCCAAGUAUCAAGUUGUUACUCAAAAUACCAAUUGGGGCCUCUUAAACCUGUUGGACUGCCUUUGCUGGGUGGAUUUGCAAGCAGAGCUGUUGAAUACUCCAUGAUCCCAUUUCAGUUGCCUCUUCAUGGAAGCUCCCAAGUCUAACAACAAAACCCAUGAAUGAUCAAGAUGAGUCCCUCUGUCACAUAGUCUUUGAUUCACGUGAAUGAUUGUAAAAAAAAAAGAAGAGCAAAUCAUUGCUAUAGUAACUAAACGAAUCUGCGUCAAAGAGUUUAAGAGCUAAUUCCUUUCUGGAAGCUGUGAUCUAAUCAUGUUCCUGUUGAAAGUGUUGCAAGGCAGCAUGAUCCACUGGGUUAGACCUACUUCUGAUGUUCAGGCACAGUCUUUUGGAAAGUCCUUGGAGAUUGGGUCCGUUCCUGUUACAGGAAAGUAUCUUUGACUUCACUUCUAAAUGUGCAUGCCAAAGUCUCUUAAGGAUGGUUAGCCAUUCCAUUGUGAUGCCCACAAGUUGCAUGCUUGGCAAUCUAACUUCCUGAUAUAUUUUUCCCCAAAUACAUGAUGUAAUUGUUGUUGAGCUGUUUUUAUGUGACAUCUGCAUGCAUCUUUAAGAUGCAUGUCUGUCAUAAAAAAGAAAGAAAAAUGGAAAUAACCAUGCUGAAGGCAUUUCCCUGUAGCAGCUUCAGAAGCCUUUUUGUUGUAAUUGAGAUUGCUAUGAUGAGCCCUUUGUUUUUAUAUGUAUUCCCCCCCCCCCCUUGUAUUAUGAUUAGCUUUUGGUCUGCAGAACUUCCUUGAACUUUCCCAUUUGUUAGGGAAUUUGAUUGGCAAGCUGUUUGGUAUAAGGGAUCUUUACUGGAUACCCUGGACUUCUGCACUGAUACCUCACCUGAGACAGACUUCCAGGAAUGUAACUCUUGAAGCUGUUGGCUUACUAGAUACCACAAAGACAUUCCUAAGAGACUAACUGGAGAAAAUGAAGACAAAACGCUCACUGGGAUUCUCCUUGUUUGAGCUUUAUUUUCCAGCAUUGGAGGGGGUUUUCUAUAAUGAAUUUAGUCCAACUAAUUAAACUUACUUUAGAUAAUUAUUGGCGUGGUUGACUCAAGAUAUUUUGCUCCUUGAGGUAAAGGACAAGAAGACACAAUCCCUCUUUUUCCAUGUACAAAAGCUGGCUGGACUAGCAGUUGCAUCUUACUUCAAUCCUAACAGUGGGACAGCAUUUUUUACUACACCUGAAGAAAACAGUGGUUAGGAAAUAUAAGCCACGCAUCUCUGUCCAUCAGCACCUCAUCCCAUCCAGGACCACCUCCUGAAGAAGCUGUCUUGCUCCCUGAUAUUAGCAGAGAGCAGCUUCUACUCAUUGAACAGUCAUCUAUUAAAGGAAGUAGGGUUAUUAUCAUAAUAAAUCAACCCCCAGCAUCCAUGUAUCAGUUCCAUUAAUGGUGCAAAAGAGCAAUCCACAACUACAGUAUGUGCUUAUUUAUCAUGCCCAUCCAAAGGACAGGAGCCGUGUGAUUUUUCUUUCAAUGUGACUCCUAUCUCGGAUAGGUGACUGUCAUAAAGGCUGGAGAGUUUAGGUUACCCUUUUUCGUGUUUGCUUAUAUUCAGUUUGUAUUUGGUUAUGUAAUAAAGCCAAGGCAGGGUGAGACAAAUCAGUGGUCACAAAAGAUCACGUGAGUCCUAUGAGGGAGUGAAGUUAAUGUCCCUGGGAUGUUUCUCUGCACAGUACCAACAACACAUCCUGUAUUUCCUCUUGGCUGUGGGAUACGUUUGGUAGAUUAUACAAAUCUCCAAGAUCUCAGCUUUGGAAAAUGUUCUUAGGCUCCAGGGAAAGAGAACAUUCUUUUAUGGAGGUUAAAAUAUUUCCUUCCCUUGCCAACCCCGAACUAGACCUGCAAUGCCUACUACAACUAGCAAAGACAAUCAUGUAUAGCUGGAUUCAUGGUCUAGUCUAAAAUUCUAUUUCUUUCCAGACUGAGGUAUCUUUUAAGGGAGCACCAAAAACAGUGUAGCAAGUAGAGGUUAUGCACGUGUACAUUAUUUAAGAUAUAUAGUCUGUGCUUUAGUUUUGCUUGAUAAACUUUGCUUUUCUUUUAAGAUCAUGACAAAAUUUAUAUCCUAUAAUAACAACAGGCAUUUCUUAAAAGAAGUCUGUACUUUAUGUUCAUCUACUCAUUUUUCAAAUUAUAUUUGAGAUAAAUGUAUUACAAUUUCAGAAUAUUUUAAUGAUUUGUAGUGAUGCAAUAUAAGUUGCAGAGACAAAGUAUUUCAAAAUUACAGCUGGCAAUUGUAACAGCGGGAUAAAUCCAUGGUCAGCUGCUUUCUAUAGUCUCUUUUUGAGCAGAACUAUGUAAAACCUUUGCACUAUAAGGUAUAAUGAUGCUAACAGUAGUGAGAAAGGCAUUUAUAUACCUUCUUAAAUUGUUGGCUGCUUUGUGCUACUGCAGUUUCUACACAUGCACCUCAAAUUCCACCAGUGAGUAUUGCUCAUUGACAGCAUCCCUUCUCUCACUUGCCACAUAAUGGGUGAGAAAGGAAAGAGAAUUGCCUUGAUUGCAUUCCUUUUCCCUAGAAAAAAGAAUGAUGGCAAAUUUCAGAAGUACAGUAUACACAUAUUUAAAUCAUACAGAAUAAGAAUAAAUACAAUCAUGUAAGCAAAAUUGUAUGUAUAAACAGUUAAAGACAUUAAUAUUUUCAAAAAGUUAUAUCCACAUGGAGUUGCUGUCUACAUGAUGCACAUUUGAAUGUUAAAAGAUUUGUAAGGUUCUCGAUCAGUUUUUUAAAUUAAUACAUUUUUAUUUAUAUACAUUAACAACUUACAGUGAAACAGAACACAAAACAAUGAACAUUUUACAAACACAUACCAAGGCCUGAACAAAUAUCCUUAACUUUACCAUAAAAUUUAUAAGUCAACCAUUAAACAAAUGUCAUAUCCAAAAUUCCUGACCAACAAGGUUGUAUUGCUUUACCUUUUCACUCUCUAAAACAUAUUUAAUAAAAACUGACCAAUAUGAAUCAAAAUCUGAUCUAUUAGUCGUCGUCCCCCACACACACACACACACUCAUUUCCAUUGAUACAGUAUAUCAUUUAAGGCUACGCUCCAUACCUCCCCAUACCAUGCUUCCAACGUGAAAUUGCUUACUAUCUUCCAAUUCCUUGCAAUUGUAAGUCUCCCCACUGUGACUAAAAUAAUCACCAAUUCUUUAUUUUCCAUUUCUAAAUUUAACUUAGCCGCCCUGAGUCCCCUUCAGGGUGUGAAGGACGGGAUAUAAAUGUGAACAACAACAAUAAUAACAACAACAUAGUGGCAUCCAUUAGUAAUGCUAACCUAGCAUAUGGAGUGACAUUUAGUCCUAUAAUGUUACCUAUUUCCGUAAAUAUAUUAUUCCAGAAACUCUUCAGCUGGGGACAUUCCCACCAUAAAUGAAAACAUGUCCCUUUAUGCAUGCCACAUCUACAACAGAGGUUACUUUGCUUCCUAUCCAUCUGGUGUAAUUUAACCGGUGUGGUAUACCAUCUCCACUUUGUACACAUUUUCUUUUAAUCUUAUUGACGGAUUCUUAACCACUCUCCACUUUAGAACCCUUUUCCAAUCGAGAUCCAUUGGAGGCCCUAGUGCUCCUUCCACACUUUUCUAACAGUUUCAGCCCUAUUUCUUCGCCUAUUAAUCCAUUGUAUAUUUCUCCCAAUUAAUCCUUUCCCUGAUAUUUCUUGCUUUUUAAAUUUAGUUAGCCAUUCUUCAUAUUUAUUCAGCUCUCUAACAUCUGAGAUUUUUACCUAACCAGUCCUUUUUCCAAUUAUAUAGUUGCUGCCUCUCAAACCAAUUCAAGACACCUUGUUGUUCCAACUUAUUAAACUUGCCCAUUGAAUAGGUUCUCAGUCAGUGGAAUAAUAGGUGGUGGACUCUCUCCCAGCUACCAACAUGUCUUUCUAUCCACAUUAAGGUAUGAAAAAUUAAUUCCCACUGGCAAACAGUUAAUUUCUAAGAAACAGACACAUUGUUUUAAAGCAUAUUCAAAAUACAAGUGAGUUUGAAUUCUGAAAUCCAAAAGUUGUUUUAACUAGAUGUAGCCGGAAAACUGUUUAAAAGAUACACCAGGUGAUUUCCAGCAUCAGCAUUAAGAACAAUUUACUGAAAACAAUACAGGUUGAGUAUAUAUCUUUUCUGAAAUGCUUGGAACCAGAAGUCCUUUGGAUUUUUUCAGAUUUUGGAAAACUUAUAUUUGCAUAUGUGUACAUAAGGAGAUAAUGGAAAAUUCAUCCGUUUUUCAUGUAUAUCUUAUAGACAUGUUGUUGUUUAAUUGUUCAGUUACUUCCGACUCUUCGUCACUUCAUACACAUCUUAUACACAUAGCUAAAGGUAAUAUACACAUUACUUCUAAUAAUUCUGUGCAUGAAACAAAGUUUGUGUACAUUGAAUCAUAAGAAUGCAAAGAUGAUAUCUCAUCUACCUAUGGGGACAAUAUUAGAUUUUGGAGCAUUUCAGAUAAGAGAUGUUCUGUGUGUAAGAUUUAUACCAGUGGUUCCCAACCUGUGAUCUGUGGAUCACCAAGAACUAAAAUAUGGUCCACAGCCUCACCAUUAUUACUAUGGAUAAUAGCACAGCCCAACCAAUUUUUUUUCUUGGUGUCUUUGUUUUUAGGCCUGUUCCUGGGGUUAUUUGGGGUGCUGAUUCAGAAAAUUGCAUUGGAUAGAUCGCAUCACCUCUAGAUUAUUAAAUAUGUUUUUUGCUGUGGGCUGGCAGAUGGCAACUACUGGAUGGCAUAUGUUCUGUAUCAGAAACUAGAGCUGAUGUGGUCUAUCCAAUGCAGUUUUCUAAAUCAGCACCACAAAUAACCAAACCGAAUCUAAAGUUGACCAAAAACUGAUUCAUAACCCUUUUGGUACUAAUGUUGAAGAGUGGUUCCUGGUCAAAAAAAGGUUGGGAACCACUGAUCUGUACAAACACUAAAUGUAGAGGUCAAAAUCUCAGUUCUACUGAUUAGAUAAAACAGCACAAUCCAAUUCCCUAAUCCAUUCCUGAAAUGCUACAUAUAUUUUUAACUGCAACCCAUGAUUCCAUAGCACUGAGCUACAGCUGUUAAAGUGAUGUCAAACUACAUGAAUUCUACAGCUUUGACCAUUUCCUCUAGUACAGGGGUCCCCAAACUUUUUAAACAGGGGGCCAGUUCACGGUCCCUCAGACCAUUGGAGGGCCGGAUUAUAGGGUUUUUUUUUUAAACUAUGAACAAAUUCCUAUGCACACUGCAUAUAUCUUAUUUUCAAGUAAAAAACAAACGAACAAAUACAGCCUCAAUGUUAAUAAUAAUAAUAAUCAUCAUCAUCAUCAUCAUAAAAAUAAUGAGGGUUGGAAGAGACCCCUUGGGCCAUCUACUCCAACCCCCUUCUGUUUUUGUCCACACCAUAAUCAAAGCACCCCUGACAGAUAGCCAUCCUAUAAUAAUAAUAAUAAUAAUAAUAAUAAUAAUAAUAAUAAUAAUGUAAUAAACAUGGUUGGAAGAGACUCCUUCAGCCAUCUAGUCCAACCCCCCUUCUGCUUUUGUGCACCAAAACAUAAAGAACCCCUGACCAACAACAACAACAACAACAAUCACCGUUGGAAGAGAUUGCUAGCCUUCAAGAAAAAUGAAUCCACAACAGGGCUGCAGAGUAUUCUUUCAGUUAUUCACACUGGAAUGUCUGAUGAGGGAGAGAGGCACAUGCGGACUCCCUGCUUGUCUUGCCUUGUCUCCCUGCUUGUCUCCUCGGCAGCGGCGGGGGGGGGAGGUGCAUGCGAGGUGAGGAAAAGGCGUGCGCCUUUCUCUCCUCGCUCGCCCGGCACGCACCUUUCCCGCUGCAUUCUUCAGUGGCAGGGGCGGGAAAGCUGGCCACAGGGCAAGGGAGGAAAGGUGAAGGCCUUUUACUCACCCUGUGUGUAUCUUCCUCGGCGGCAGCAGCGGGAAAGCUGCCCGCGGGGCGAGGAAAAGGCUUGCACCUUUCUCUCCUCUCUCUCCCAGCAUGCACCUUUCCCGCUGCCUUCCUUAGUGGCAGCGGUGGGAAAGCUGCCCACGGGGCGAGGGACGAAAGGCCCAAGCCUUUUACUCACCCCUGUGCAUCUUUCUUGGCGGCAGCAGCAGGAAAGCUGCCCACGGGGCGAGGAAAAGGCGUGCGCCUUUCUCUCCUCUCUCGCCCAGCACGCACCUUUCCCGCUGCCCUCCUCGGUGGCGGCGGCGGGAAAGCUGCUCGUGGGGCGAGGGAGGAAAGGUGCAGGCCUUUUCCUCACCGUAUGUGCGUCUUCCUCGGCAGCGGCAGCGGGAAAACUGCCCAUGGGGCGAGGGAGGAAAGGCGCAGGCCUUUUUCUUGCCCUGUGUGCAUCUUCCUUGGCAGCAGCAAGCUGCCCACGGGGCUAGGAAAAGGCGUGUGCCUUUCUCUCUCUCGACCAGCACACACCUUUCCCGCUGUCUUCCUCGGCAGCAGCGGCAGGAAAGCUGCCCACGGGGCGAGGGAGGAAAGGCGCUGGCCUUUUACUCGCCCCAUGUGCACCUUCCUUGGCGGCGGCGGGAAAGGUGCGUGUGGGCCGGGGAGGAGAGAAAUGUGCAUGCGCGGGCCGGAUAAAUGGCUCUGGCGGGCCGCAUCUGGCCCGCGGGCCGUAGUUUGGGGACCCCUGCUCUAGUAUAAAGCAACACCUUUUCUAAGCAUGUGCAUGGGUUAAUAAGUUGCAUUUCAUAUGUUGGAUUUGUGUCACAAUGUAUCAGAGUUUGAUUAAGUAGAAGUUUCAAUAAGCUCUAGACUCCAUGCAGGUGGUGUUGCAAGCAAUCAAAAGCACAAAGCGGAUCCCAGUAUAGGGAUGUAUAGCCCAUGACACCAUAUUGUAGAACUGGUUCUCACAUGCAACUCUUCCUCCAUGAAAGGCAUAGCAUCUGAGAAAAAAAUAGCUGUAAAUCUAAGUUCUAUCUUGUUGAUUCCCUAGUGUCCUACCAUUGAGACCAACGUCUGGCACAAACACUCGUUUUGUUAGAUUUGGCUCCGUGGGAGCUGCUGAUAUAAGAACAGCUAUCCUAUGGAUUGUCUUUCUUGGACAUUCUUCAGUAUUUGAACUUUUUUCUCCUUAUUGCUACUGGUAAUAAAUGCCAUUGAAGUCUAUGAAUCACAUCAGUAAAGCACUGGGAAUACACUGCAGUGUUUCCUCCCUACUUUGCGGUUUGCUUUUCGCUCCCUCACUCCAUCCGGGUUUUUUUCUGGGAGGUGCGCAUGUGCAAAGGUGCCAGUUUCCCUUUUGCACAUACGCCCUCCCUCUAGUUGGCGUCCAGCCAGGCCACUCUGGAUGCCGAUGAGAGGGAGGCGCAUGCACAAAAGGGAAACUAGCAGCACCGGAGAGGAAGAAGUGCAGGAAGAAGGCUUGCAAAGGGGAGAAAGGCCACCUACUAAUAUAAUGUGUAAAUAUUGAAAUAAAUAUAGUGCCCCUACUUCGCAGAAUUUCACUUAUUGCAGGUGGUCCUGGAACAUAACCCCCUCUAUAAGUGAGGGAACAUUGUAUAUGCUAGAACAGUGUUUCUCAACCUGAGGGUUGGGACCACUGGGGGGGGGGGUCAUGAGGGGGGUGUCAGAGGGGUCACCAAAGACCAUCAGAAAACACAUAUUUCUGAUGUUCUUAGGAACCCCUUUGGCAGAGAAGGCUGGGUGUAGAUGAACUACAACUCCAAAGUUCAAAGUCAGUGCCCACCAAACCGUUCCAGUAUUUUUUGUGGGUCAUGGGAGUUCUGUGUGCCAAGUUUGGUUCAAUUCCAUCAUUGAUGGAGUUCAGAAUGCUCUUUGAUUGUAGCAAUUAGAACUCCCAAAUGACAAAAUCAAUCCAUCCCCAACCCCACCAGUAUUCAAAUUUGGACAUAUCGGGUAUUUGUGCCAAAUUUGGUCGAGUGAAUGAAAAUACAUCCUGCAUAUGAGAUAGUUACAUAACAUUCAUAACAAUAGCAAAAUUACAGUUAUAAAGUAGCAACAAAAAUAAGUUUAUAAAUUUAUAUAAUUUUUAUAAAUACUGUAAAUAAAUAAAUAAAUAAAUAAAUAAGGAGUUGCACCAUUAUGAAGGUUGAGAACCACGGUAUUAGGAGAUGUUACGUAGGGAUGCAUUUUGUUUUUAACCAUUGUGGAUUUGAACUUACAUCCAUUGUGCUCAACUACCACCUAAUGCCUUGUACCACCUGAGCUAUAGUUAAGUAGAUACACAUUUUUAAAAGAUACUUGGUCAUGGCCUAAAGACAACCAGGCCCCUGACCUACAUUUACAUACUCAGCUCCAGCUGAGAUUCAGUUUUUACUAUCCUUUCACUGUUCUCAAGUAAGUAGAUAGAGUGGUACAACUGACCUUUCCAUAGGACCUCGGGAACAUUUGCAGUAGACACAUUGAAAAAAUGAACUCUCAGAUAAUCCAUCCAUGCACAUUUGAUUUAAUUGCAAAAAGAGCUACCCAUUCUCUUCCUCUAUGACCUACUUGCAACAGCUCAAACCAACAUGGUAAAGACAAAAUAUCAUCAACAAAAGAUUAAAAACUAGAGGCACUGGGUGGAUGUUCUCAGUGCUUGAAGUACCAAAAGCAAAAUACACUAGAUUUAUUUUAAAUCUGUAUUUGUAAACAUUACAAAUUUAUUAUUUGCAUUUACUAACUUAUACCCUGGGCUUAGGUUUUGUACAACAAAAAACAAACAUCAAACCAUAUAAUACAGUACAAUUUACAAUAAGCAAUUAAAAUGCAAUACAGGUGUCUCAAAAAGUUAAACCCAAUUUGAAAUUGCUAUAUCUCUGCGGCCUACGAAUGAAACUCUUAUCAUUCCAAAGGCUGGAGCAUUGAGUUUCAAAGUAUUACCGCUAGAUGCCUCUCCUAGUGCACAAACAGCCCCUGGCUUCAGUUAUUCACAAGAUGGUGACUCUAUAACAUAAAACCGAAUUUACAGAGUUAUUUUUUAGAUUUAUUUCUGGCUCAAAACUGUUAGUAAAACAUAACUCAUUGAACAGUUUGUAACUUUUUGUGUAAUUAUAAUAUGUUGCCAUUGUGAAACAUACUGCUUUGAAAUUGGAUCUAUCAUUUUGAAAUGCCCUUUACUGUAGUAGCUUAAAAAGUUAGAACUUUUAACACAUGUAAUGGGGAGGGAGAGAGCAGUUGUUGCUAUUGAGUGAUAUAAUAAUAUACUUUAUUUAUAUUCUGUGCUAUCUCCCCAAUGGGACUCAGGGCGGAUUACAGAACACAUAUAUGGCAAACAUUCAAUGCCGUUAUACAAUUAGCAAAGACAGACAAUACAUGAACAGAGGUAAAGGCUUUUCCCAUCUGUUCCAAUUCCAGCAUCUGGAGGCUGUGCUCAACUCUGGCCACAGAGAGGGGGGGUGCUGUCUCCAUCUUCCAUGCAGAGGAGCUAUAUCGUCCUUAGACGUCCCCCCUGAUCAAAUUGUUGGUAUGUCCUUAUGAGUGCCUUUUACUACCUCCCCGCUUAAGCGAUACCUAUAUAUCUAUUCACAUUUCUGUUUUUGAUCUGCUAGGUGGGCAGGAAGCUGGGGCUGAUGGCAGGUGCUCACCCCAACCCAGGCUUGAACCUUUCGAUCGGUUUUGUCCGCCGUGCUAAGCCCAACAGUGCUUAGUAGGCAUGCCACCAGCUCCUCUAGGUCUGGAUCUAAUAAGCAUCCCAGUGUGCACUGCAUAAUAUCCUGAGCUCCAUCAUAGGAGGAAAGCAAGUUACAUACAUUCAAUAAAUAAUAUUUCAAUUCCACUGCAUGCAUUGAGAAACACAAUCUAAACAACAUGGUUGACCUAUAAACAUUACUGGGCACUAAGUCUGGGUGGACUAAUACAAGCAGUCUUAAAUUGAAGAAUGCUGACCAGAAGACAUAGUCAAUACCUCUGCUUUUGCGAAGUCCAAUUGCCCUAGAUUGAGAAUGAUGAAAAAAUAUUUUUGAAACCACUACAAAUUACAUACUCUAGCCAGUAUACUAGAGUAAUGGAAAAAUAGAAAUUUAUAAUUUUGUCCAAGUGGGGCAUAUGCAUUAUGACAUAGCUGAGUCUAAAAAGACUUUAUUCUAAUAGGGCAGCUCUUUGAAAUAUCGACAGGAAUGAAAACUGAAGUUUUAGUUUGGAUUUUAGACUGCAAUAGAAGUCACCUAUGUGUAUGUUGGAUUUUACUAUUUUGUAAAUUAAACUCCUGUCCUCCUAAAACCACUUCUACAAGUGAAAAUUACUGAGAACUGGAAUAUAUUGGACACACACAAUAACCAACCGACCUUUGAAAAUAAUGAUGUGCCUUAAAUAUACCCCAUGGAUUUGAAGCUAAGUUCUGCAACAGCUUCUCUGGCCAGCUGUAUAGAUUUUAACCAAAAGCUCAAAAAUGAAGAGAACGAGUGCUUUUCAGCUCUUCUUGCACUAUUGUUUUGUACACUGUGUGCAAUUGCUUUUUUCAGAAACAACAUUCUGGGGUUAUAGUUUCAUAGUAAAACAUAAGCAUUAUUCGUUGGCUGUACCUUUUUGCAUGUAUAUACACAAAACAGCUUCAUUAUAGUUCAUCUAAGAAUCAAAUACUGUCUUUUUAACAGUAUGUUGUAAAUUUUAUAUCCUUUUCCUGCUAAUUAUAUAUUCUCUCUUGUUUUAUUUUGUGCACAGAUGUUAAUAUAUUUAUGUAAUUGAUGUGUAAAAGUUUUUCAUGAAUUCAAUAGUUUACCUUGGUGCAAAGCUGUAUAAAACGCAAAAGGUUUUCUAAAUCAUGCAAAAUGUCAUUAUCAGAACAUAGUGUCUGCUUUCUAAAUCAUAUUUUUCAUUUAUUCUAUGAAACAUCUGUGUCAAUUGUUUUUUUAAAACUCUCAGAGGCCAUUGAUUGUAAAGGAAACAAACUCUUAAGGAGUCAUUUAACAAGCCUUCACUUUAUCAAUUUUUUACUAAGUGUUUGGUGAUGGGUUGACACUUAGUUACAUCAAAUUCAUAUUAAAAUUGUUGUAAAAACCUA